CGCGCUGCUCUCCUCUACAGUACAGGGUCCUGAACUUUGUCUCUCACUGGCUACUAAUAAUGUAAUGGCUUUCGCUUUGUGGCUGCUAUGUGACACUCGACCUGGUGGCCCUCUGCAUCCAGGAAGAAUUAUAGUCACUACCCUAAAGAGCCCAGAUCCGCAGUUUACAGAAGGCCUGUAGUUGAACAUAAAAUGAAUUUCGAACCAUUGAGAAGACUUUCUGCUUCUCUUGAGCCAGUGGUUGAACUCGUAUUCUUGGACAACCUGCUCAAGAGGGAGGGAGACCCUCUGUUAAAUGCUGACCUAAUGUGGAUUGGUGAAGCGGUGGUGUUUCCUACUAGCAAAGAGAACCUCAUUGGAAAUGUUCCCAGCUCUGAAAUGCGCCAUUGACUGGAGCAGUAAUAAGCCCAAUGGAGACAGUGCUAUCGCUGCUAAAAUUGAUUCAAUUCCUCACUUGAAUAAUUCCACACCUCUAGUGGACCCCUCAGUGUAUGGAUACGGAGUCCAGAAACGGCCCUUGGAUGACGGAGUAGGUAACCAGUUAGGGGCCUUGGUACAUCAAAGGGCAGUAAUAACAGAAGAAUUCAAAGUGCCUGAUAAAAUGGUUGGAUUUAUUAUCGGCAGGGGAGGUGAGCAGAUUUCACGGAUUCAAGCAGAAUCUGGUUGCAAAAUUCAGAUUGCUUCAGAGAGUUCUGGGAUUCCAGAGAGGCCCUGUGUACUUACCGGAACCCCAGAAAGUAUUGAACAAGCCAAACGGCUCCUGGGGCAGAUUGUGGAUCGCUGUCGGAAUGGACCUGGCUUUCAUAACGACAUAGACGGCAAUAGCACCAUCCAGGAAAUUCUUAUCCCCGCGUCUAAAGUGGGUCUGGUCAUCGGCAAAGGAGGGGAAACAAUAAAGCAGCUGCAGGAGCGGACCGGUGUGAAAAUGGUCAUGAUCCAGGACGGCCCGUUGCCUACGGGAGCAGACAAGCCUCUCCGCAUCACCGGGGACCCGUUCAAAGUACAGCAAGCAAGAGAAAUGGUGUUGGAGAUCAUCCGGGAGAAGGACCAAGCUGACUUCCGAGGCGUCCGCGGUGACUUCAAUGCCCGCGUGGGAGGAGGCAGCAUAGAGGUAUGCUUGACCGGCCGGCUGGUGUCUGUGCCGAGGUUUGCUGUUGGGAUCGUAAUAGGAAGAAAUGGGGAGAUGAUCAAAAAGAUUCAGAAUGAUGCCGGGGUGAGGAUUCAGUUCAAGCCAGACGAUGGUGUUAGUCCAGAGAGAGCUGCCCAAGUCAUGGGGCCCCCAGAUCGGUGUCAGCACGCAGCACACGUCAUCAACGAGCUUAUUCUUACAGCCCAGGAAAGAGAUGGCUUCGGAGGCCUUGCGGUGGCCAGAGGACGAGGCCGUGGCCGUGGCGACUGGAGCGUGGGUGCCCCCGGGGGCGUCCAGGAGAUAACGUACACCGUGCCGGCGGAUAAGUGCGGCCUCGUCAUCGGCAAAGGAGGUGAGAACAUCAAAAGCAUAAAUCAGCAGUCGGGAGCACAUGUGGAGCUCCAGCGGAACCCCCCCCCCAGCACCGACCCCAGCCUGCGAGUAUUCACCAUCAGGGGCGUCCCUCAGCAGAUCGAGGUGGCCAGACAUCUCAUAGAUGAGAAAGUUGGUGGGACCAGUCUGGGAGCACCCGGAGCCUUCGGACAGAGCCCGUUCAGCCAGCCGCCCACGGCGCCUCAUCAACAUGCUUUUCCUCCGAGGAGCUCUGCCUGCUUCCCCAGCAUCGCUGCUAAGGUGAACGGAAACCCCCCCAGCACCCCUGUGAGCGGUCCUCCGGCCUUCCUGACCCAGGGAUGGGGCAGCACCUACCAGGCGUGGCAACAGCCCACCCAGCAGGUCCCAAGCCAGCAGAGCCAGCCGCAGAACAGCCAGCCCGACUACAGCAAGGCCUGGGAAGACUAUUACAAAAAACAGAGUCACGCCGCCAGCGCUGCCCCUCCGGCCAGCUCCCCGCCGGACUACACGAUGGCCUGGGCCGAAUACUACAGACAGCAGGUCGCUUUCUACGGGCAGACGUUAGGACAGGCUCAGGCCCACAGCCAGGAGCAGUAGGACGGCGGCCCGCAGUGCUUUUCUCCCCGAAAUCAUUGUGAGCGAAAACCCGUUUGUAACAGAGGUUUAUAGAUUUGCAAACCUUUUGAUGAAGAACUUUGUUUUGUUCUGUGAAACACUAUAUUUAGAUUAACAGGACUUUUCUAAAAAUCGGGAAAAAUUCGUUACUAAAAAUUGCUGAUAAUUUCUGUUUCAUUGUUCUUGUUUGUUAUUUCAAACGUGUAAGCUCUGGGAUUCUUUUUGGAGCAGUGCCUACAAAUUCAGGCACCAGAAUGUGCCUCAGAGCAGUGACAUUUCAACACGGUGUGUUUUCGUUUCGUUUCGUUUCGUUUCGUCGCGCGUCUUUUUAUUUACAGUUUUUUGGGGUUUUUUUUUCUGUUGCGACAGAAAGUGGCUUGGAAAUCUUAGGUGGUAUGUAACAAAUUCUUUUAAAAAUUUUUAAACAGUAUUUAAAUAUUCUUAAAUGUGUAAAUUCAUUAAAUGUUUGACUUCUAAUUUCUCGUA